GUUUGGAAUUGCAGUCGACUUUAAAAGGGCAUUUGACUCUGUUCCUCACCAACAGUUAUAGCAAAAGCUAAGGGAAAAUAAUGCGAGCAGCAAUUUAAUCGAUAUUCUCAUCUCACUGUGUGAAUCAGCCUCUUUCCAGGUCAAAUCCAAUGGAGUACUCUCAGAAAAAUUCGAUGUAACCAGAGGUAUUUUGCAAGGGGAAACUCUAAGUGCAGACCUUUUGAUCUUCUUCCUCUGGGACUUCGAAGAGUUCUUUCGGAAGCGUGGACUAAUUGGACUAAAUAUUGAUGGUCUAAACGACUUAAUGAUCCUUCUGUACGCAGAUGAUACAUCCAUCUUUGCGCACUCCCAUGUUGAUUUAGCCAGGAAGCUGAAAGCGCUGCACGAGUACUGUCUAAUCAAUGGACUGGAGGUCAAUCGCAGUAAAACCAACAUCAUGAUCUACAAAUCAGCAGGAAGAGCUAGACUGAUCCCAGAAAAUUUUAGAACUUACGGGCUUCCCUUGGACACGGUCAGCAAAACGAACUUUCUAGGUGUAAAAAUUUCCUCAUCCACGCUCGGUCUCGCUGCUCUCGACUCAGCUUUAAUCAAAGCAAAAUGUGCCUCUAGCACUGUCAUCUCUAUACUAUCCAAGGCUAAAUGUGACUCCUGGGAUGCAUACAAUAAGUUGUUCGAAAGCUUAGUAGCCUCGGUGCUACUUUAUGCUUUCCCGGCAUGGGGUCUGCGUUACCGGAACUCACUUGAAACUGCUCAAUGCUUCUUCUAUAAAAAGCAACUACGCCUACCACGUAAUACCGCUGACUAGGCGAUCAGACUUGAGCUUAAUCUAACACCCGUGGCCUGGAAGGCCAUGAAGCUGUUUUGGACCUGGCUCAUCAAGAAACUACGCACAGGGGCUACCACUAUGGUAAAAAUUUGCUUGCUAAGAACCUACAACUUAGCUAAAAACAUGCAACAUUAUCUCCAAAAUCAACUGGGCCACGUAACUUAGAGAG